GGGCCCGCAGCCGCAGCCCGGGACGCGGUAACCUCCCAGCCCUCCGCCGCUGUGUUUGUGUAUGUGGAAUGCGGGUCGAGCGGAACUCACGGCCAAACUGCGCUACACAUCAAACUCAAACGCCACCUCGCAGCGGUCAGACGUGCUCUAGCCCCCGUGCCGGAGAUCUUGAAGCAGGCGAGGAUGAAGAGAAGCAGGCACCUCAGCAGCAGUGACGACUCCGACAAUGGAAGUAAUUCCACCUGCUGGUCGCAGCACUCCAAAUCACAGCCCAGGAGAGGCAAAGGCCAGAAGCCCUCCGAGGUUUUCAGGACAGACCUGAUCACUGCCAUGAAGGUGCACGACUCCUACCAGCUCAACCCUGAGGAUUACUACGUCCUGGCCGACCCGUGGAGGCAGGAGUGGGAGAAGGGCGUCCAGGUGCCCGUCAGCCCGCAGUCCAUCCCGCAGCCUGUCGCCCGGAUUUUGGCAGAGAAAGGGAAGGAGGUGAUGUUCACCCGGCCGAAGAAGCUGAUCCGGACGACGGGCUCGGAGGCGCUGGGCUACGUGGACAUCCGGACGCUGGCCGAGGGGAUGUGCCGCUACGACCUGAACGAGGAGGACGUGGCCUGGCUGCAGAUCAUCAACGAGGAGUUCACAGAGAUGGGCAUGCAGCUGCUGGACGAGAUCACCAUGGAGAGAGUGAUGGAGGAGUUUGAGCGCCGCUGCCACGACAACAUGACGCACGCCAUGGAGACGGAAGAGGGGCUGGGCAUCGAGUACGACGAGGACGUGGUGUGUGACGUCUGCCAGUCGCCCGACGGCGAGGACAACAACGAGAUGGUUUUCUGCGACAAGUGCAACAUCUGCGUUCACCAGGCGUGUUACGGCAUUCAGAAAGUCCCUAAGGGCAGCUGGCUGUGCCGGAUCUGCGCCCUGGGCAUCCUGCCAAAGUGCCAGUUGUGUCCUAAGAAGGGUGGAGCCAUGAAGCCGACCCGAAGUGGAACCAAGUGGGUCCAUGUCAGCUGUGCCUUGUGGAUUCCAGAGGUGAGCAUCGGGAAUCCAGAGAAGAUGGAGCCAAUCACCAACGUGUCCCACAUUCCCAGCAACAGAUGGGCUCUGAUCUGCUGCCUAUGUAAGGAGAAGACCGGAGCGUGCAUACAGUGCUCAGCAAAAAACUGCCGGACUGCCUUCCACGUGACGUGCGGCCUGCACGCCAGCCUGGAGAUGAACACCAUCCUCACCGAGGACGACGAGGUCAAGUUCAAGUCCUACUGCCCCAAACACUCGGGGCUGGAAGGGGCCGAGUCCAGGGACCGAGACUCAGGGGGCGAGGAGGAGAAGGAGGGAGCCAGAGACAAGAAGGGCAAGAGGAGGGGCAGGGUGAGAGGCGAGGAAGACGCCGCCUCCUGCUCCUCCUAUUCGUCCUCCGCCCCCUCCCAGCUGUCCACCAGAGUGUCCGGCGAGCCGGAGGCCAACAGCAGCCGCCAGCAGGACGAGAAGAGGGUCAACCUCCGCAAGCUGAAGCUGCAGGAGCUGGAGGAGGACUUCUUCCAGUUUGUGGAGGCGGAGGAGGUGGCCGAGCACCUGAAGCUGCCCCAGGAGGCCGUGGACUUCCUCUUCCAGUACUGGAAGCUCAAACGCAAAGCCAACUUCAACCAGCCGCUCCUCACGCCCAAGAAGGACGAGGAGGAGAGCCUGGCGCGCCGCGAGCAGGAGGUGCUGCUCCGUCGACUGCAGCUCUUCACGCACCUGCGCCAGGACCUGGAGAGGGUUCGUAAUCUGACCUACAUGGUGACCCGGAGGGAGAAGAUGAAGCGCUCGCUGUGGAGAGUCCAGGAGCAAAUCUUCCAGCACCAAGUCCGACUGCUGGACCACAAACUGCUGACCGGCGACCCUUCAGCGAAGGAUCUGGAGAAGCUCUUCUCUCUGAGCUGGUUGUCAGCUCAGGGCUCUCAGUCUCGCUCCCCGUGGGGAAACUCCGGCCUGAAAACCAAGCGAAGCUCCCAGAAGCAGGAGAAGAGGAAGAGCAGCCACAGAAAAGGCCUUCCCGACUCGCCGCCCGCCGUCAGUAAGAAGGACAGUUUGAACAAACCACUGGAGACGAGGGACGGCGACGGCCCCCGAGUCAAAGAGGCCGCGCCCGCCGAGGCGGCCCGGGCCACCAGGACCCAGAACUGUGCGGACGGCCCGGCCGCUCAGUACCCGAGGCUGCAGAGGCCAGAGGUCGGCCAGGACACGAACCACGUCAAGCUGCACAAGCCCGAGAGCAGGAAGGGCCUGAGGAGGGAGGCCCCGGGGCCCGAGCAGCAAGCGGAGAGCCGGGAGGAGGCGGCGCUCGUCCGACGGAAACGAGAGAACGAGCAGGAGCAGGAGGAGCGGAGGAGGAAGAGGAGGAGCGGGCUGUCAGAAAGCUCGCACGUCCAGACCAAGAACCGGCCGAGCUCCAGGCACAUGGAGAAGACGGUGUCGAUCCGGCUGGUCGACAUCAGAUCCUCCGACUCGGAUGACUACUACACCUCCGCCGGGAUGGUCAGGAAAAGCCCGGUCUCUGUGGAGCCUGCGGUCAACACUAAGCUCAACAAAGCCAGCACGGUCCCGGACGCCGCCGCCGUCAAGCCCAACGGCUGGCUGAAGAAGGCCCACAGCGCCCAGGCGAACGGCUCUGACGCGCCCGGCGGCACCGUGGGGAGCCACCUGAAAAACUGGGGCAAGUUCAGGAUCCCCAAGAGGAGCGAGAAGCCUGCGGGGGCGGCGGGGGCGGUGAAGGAGCAGGAGGCGGCGGAGCAGCGGAAGCCCCUCCUGCGGCCGCUGACCAACACGCCGGAGCCGUCGCACCCGAGGACGCGGCUCCGCACGGGGGCGGAGAACGACGCCAAGCCGGGCGACGGCGAGGUGGAGCCGUGCCUGAAGAGAUGCCACUCCCACCAGCUGAGGGGCGACUCGUCCCUCGGCCGGCGCUACGGAUCCGACAUCAUCCGGCGAGGCGUGCUGGCCUCCUGACGGCGCCUGGGCUCUCAGCCGGAGCCGCACUUGAAAUAAGCUGCACUGUGUCAGUCGCAACAGAACGAUGGUCUCUCUCUCUUUGUAUCUUUAUUUUUCUCAAGAAAUCAUUGAGAUGCCUAGAGUAAAACAGAGCUGAUAUUUAUUUUUUAUUUGUAAUAUAUGUAAAAUUUGGGAAAUAUUUUACUUAUUACUUUUAUUUUUUUGGCUAGUUUUAUUUUUCCUUGAGUAGAAAGAUGUCAAGUUGCCACUUCAAGUCUCGCUCAGCUUUGUACAAGCAAAAGCUUCAACUAGGACGAAGUUGUGAUCGUUGCUUGGGACCAUGAGCUUGCAAUGUCAUUUGUUUUUUGACAAUAGUAUUAAACUUGGCCAUGAGUCAGUUGCACUUAUUAGGAAAGCUAAUUAAUCCACACAGAUUGUUCAUGCUGUUAUCGCAGUAGGACUCCGCUUCUUCUCAAGCUUCACUGGACGACAACAGAUUUCGCUUUCAACCCAGAGACAAACUGCAGAGCUUUUAUCGUUAUUUAAACGCCGGCUUUCGUCAGUCUGUAUCCCGACCUCGUUAGGGCUGUGAUUGUCACCUGAUUAAUUAACCAACGGGGAAACUUACAAAAAAAAAAAAAAAAAAAAGGAAUUCUGAAUGACUUUUUAGUUGUUAUCAGCACUUAAGUGUAAUUGAACUGCGAUAUCGUAUCCA